CGCCCGCCCGCCCGCCGCCAAUCCGCCAUCGCCGUUCGAGUUUGUCUGUUCUCCCUUGCUCUGACCCCCUCUUGACCCUUGUCGUCUGCGGCCGGAAGGAGCGCCAGCCAGUCGCCCAGGCCAGCACCGAAGAGCGAUCCAUCAUCCGAUGGCCACCGACACGUUCGUCACCGACGUGGCCUUCGGGGCGGACGUGAUCGUCACCACCGUGACCAACUCCGGCGCGGCCGUGGAGGUCUGGCUCCAGGAGAUCCGGUCCGUCCUCGGCGACCUUGUCGUCGGGAUCGACGUCGAGUGGCGCCCCAGCUACGGCCCCUCCCAGAACCCCGUCGCGCUCCUGCAGCUCUGCGUCGGCCGCCGCUGCCUCAUCUUCCAGCUCCUCCACGCCGACUUCGUCCCCCAGGCUCUGUCGGGCUUCCUCGCCGACCCCAACCUCCGGUUUGUUGGCGUCGGCGUGCAGGAGGACGUCGAGCGCCUCAGCGACGACCACGCCCUCGAGGUCGCCAACGCGGUCGACCUGCGUGGCCUCGCGGCGGAGGGGAUGCAAAUGCCGGAGCUCCGCCAGGCCGGACUGCAGGCCGUGGCGCGCAACGUCAUGGGCGCCAACCUUCAGAAGCCGCAGAGGGUGAGGAUGGGCCCAUGGGACGCCUACUGCCUCUCCUACGAUCAGAUCAAGUACGCCUGCAUCGACGCUUUCGUCUCCUUCGAGGUUGGCCGGAAGCUGCUCACAGGCGACCUCUGAGUUGAUGAUUUCUGCGGCUGAGUCCUGGAAACUUUGCAUUCUUAUGUCUAGCUCGUACUAUUGUGUUCAGAUCUAGUUCUUGAUCUUAGGCAAGGGUUUGGGAGCGAUUCUCUUCUGGAAGAAUUAGACAUUGAUGGUGAUGAGGAUUAACUUCAGAGCAGGGAAAAAAUUGCGGCUACAACUAGGUGCCAUGAUCAUCGAGCCUUUUGUGCUGAUUUAUGCAUUUUUAGGGGACUAUAACUAUUUUUAAUUUUGUGUUAAUGUCAGCAUUGCUUUCACUUAUCACCGAUGGGAUGUCCAAACUUUCCUAGCAUUUGGUAUCCUAACUUGUUGCUCAUACCACAAUUUGUAAUUGACGACAAGAGCAUCAAUCCUUUUGUGCUGAU